GCGCCCCCGGUGCGGCCCCCCGCGGGCCCCGGAGGGCGGGGUGGCCCAUCGCCCCGGCCCGCCCCAUGGAGAAGAUGGCCAGGCCGCUGCCCCUGAACCCCACCUUCGUCCCCCCCAGCUACGGGGUCCUCAAGUCCCUGCUGGAGAACCCCCUGAAGCUGCCGCUGCACCAUGAAGACGCGUUCGGGAAAGACAAGGACAAGGAGAAGAAGCUGGACGACGACGACGGUGGAGGCGGGGGCGGUUGCGGGGGCGGAGGGGGCAGCGGGGGUCCCGCGGUGCCCCAGUCCGCCUUCCUGGGCCCGACCCUCUGGGAUAAGACCCUCCCGUACGACGGAGACACCUUCCAGCUGGAGUACAUGGACCUGGAGGAGUUCCUGUCCGAAAACGGCAUCCCCCCGAGCCCCGCCCCGCACGACCACGCGCCCCCACCUGCGGCCCACCAGCAGGGACCCUCCGUCGUGGACGCGAGCGGCCGCGCCAACGCGGCCCUGCACCCCGCCGGCCUCGGGACCACCCACGGCUGCCUGCCGGGCCCCGGACGACCAGGGCAGAUUUUAGCAUCAAGCCGCAACACGCCGAGCCCCAUAGACCCCGAGACCAUCCACGUCCCGGUGGGCUACGAGCCCGACCCGGCCGACCUGGCCCUGUCCAGCAUCCCCGGACAAGAGGUCUUCGACCCGCGGAAGCGCAAGUUUUCGGACGAGGAACUCAAGCCACAGCCCAUGAUUAAGAAAGCGCGGAAGGUCUUCAUCCCCGAAGACCUGAAGCAGGAUGACAAGUACUGGGCGCGGCGCAGGAAGAACAACAUGGCGGCCAAGCGCUCCAGGGAUGCCCGGCGGCUGAAGGAGAACCAGAUCGCCAUCCGCGCCUCCUUCCUGGAGAAGGAGAACUCCGCCCUCCGCCACGAAGUGGCAGACCUACGCAAGGAGCUGGGCCAAUGCAAGAGUGCCCUGGCCAAAUACGAGGCCCGACACGGGCCCCUGUAGUGGGCCCAGGAGGAGGGGUCAUACAGGGUCCACCAGGCGCCCGGACGGCUGGAUAGCAAAACCCCCACUCGAUAGCCCCCCGCCCUUGGCCGACCAUCCCGGAGUCAGCACUUUACCCAAAGCAGACGCGCAGCGGUGGACUGUCCCGGAACCUCCCACUUUUUCAAAUCCCCAGGCUUCCCCGACCCCCUUUUUCAUCACAAGCAUGGGCGGCCCACCUUUUUAACGCGUCAUCUGCCGCGGCCUUCCUGCCCCCUCCCUCAACCCGUCCCCCUUCACGCUAGAUAUCGGUUCCCUCCCACCCCCGUCCGCUCAGCUAUCGGGGAGAACCCCAGCCCCAGAGGCAGAUCUCAGUUUGAAGGGAGCAAGCCAUGGUUGACGUGUCCGGUCAGAUGCGACGACGUGCGAAUCAGGUGCCCAAAAUAACUCCGUCCCACCAGAUUCACUCCUAGCUUGCUCUCCUCAGACUCCAUCUUCAGAUUCCAAUGCCCUUCCACCCACUGGGUCCCACGUUCUCCCCAUCGGCUAAGUUUCCUUCGGAUUUCACCAUCUCCAGGUAGGUCAGAGAUCCCAGAGUGCCCGUCCGCACGCGGAAACCAGGAGCCUGUCGGGCACCGGAGCAUGUUGGCCCCUGAUUAUCUGUAAAGGACACCGGCCCAGGCCCUCAUCCUUGCAAAUAUAGAGAGAAGAAAACGUUGACGCAUGCCAAAACACUCCCACCCCCCAGUUUCCUGGGACCCCCUGGCCCUCCAGAGCACAGCCCGCCGACCUAUCCCUUGCUGGUGGGAAGAGAGGGCUGAACCCAAGUCAGACAGAACGGAACCAAAAAACAAGUAAAUGAAAAAAAAAAAACCCAACAACCAGGUCCCCUGCUCUGGACGUUGAAAGCAGUUCCAAAGCUCCAGGCAAUUCCAGGACCGACUCUUGUUUUUCACUUCUGUAACAUAUUUUAUGUAGAUAGCUAUUGCUGCUUUUUUUUUUUUUUUUUUUAAAUAAUUCCAAUUCAGUUCGCAAAGUCCCUGUUUCGCAAAGCCCCCGGUGAAGGCCAUUUUGAAAUGGGUCCAAAAGGGACGGUUCUGGAAUUGACCCCCUCGCUGUCGCACCUUUGCUUGCUGUCGGACGCGUUCUGCGAGAACGCGGGCUCUGGAAGAAUGAAUGUAAGAGACGUUGGAGAAUCCCAGACGGGGUUGGUGUUGUCACAAACUGUGCUUAAUCCAAUCCAGUUCAAUGUUUACUAGAGACCAAAAGGAGAGAUUAUAAAGUUGUGUAAUGUUUAUACAGAGUAAUUAUAGGAAGUCCUUUUUGUACAGUAUUUUUCAGAUACAAAUACUGACUAUGUAUUUUGAAAGACAUAUAUUAUAUAUAGCGAAGAGAAAAGGAAAAAUAUUUCGUGUUUUGAAACUCUAUAGCAAAGAUAUAUAUUCACCGAUGCUGUACAGAGAAGAACCACUUUGGAGACUUUUUUUUGAAAUCUUUCCUAUUUUAAGCCUGUCACCCACCACUCCCCAGCCCCCGACCCCAGCAUGGUUUCUGCUUGAAAUUAAAAUGGAGGUUGCGAGGCUUUCCAUCGAGUCGCA